GCUCCUCCGUUCUGUGAUAAAGCUGGGUUUGGAGGCAGUAUGGACAGCGGCCCGAUGAGACCAACAGACAGCAGCAGUGUGACGGUGGGCAUCCUGGUGGCGUUUCUGUGUCUGCUGUGUGUUGGAAUAAUCGUGUGCAUUAAGAGGAAAACUCUCAGUCUGUUCUCCAGCGAUAAGAAGAACACCAUCGAAAAACUGAGGUCUGUGGGACCCAACAGACUGAACAGUCCAGCACACACACUCUCAUCUGCUCACACACACACUGGGACUCAAACAUACUCCACGUACAGAACGUCUCCUCAACGUCAGACUUCAGCUUUACUACAAAGUGGCAGCAUAUAUAAGCCCCAGUCUCCUCUCCAGACGGUGGACUCUGUGGUCCCGUCUCAUGGUCUCCGCCGGCUGCCCCCGUGCCCUCCGGUCCACCUCUCUCACCCGCUGCCGCUGGCACUCAGCCUGCCGCUGACGCCACCACACACAUACUCGACUCCACCCAGAGCCCCUCCACCAGCACUCGCACACACAUCCGCUCCAGCAGCGGGAGCCGCCGGCCGUAGCCUGGCCUGCCAAAACGUCUGCAAGAUCGCCAUGGUGUUCGAGAAGCCCAGUCCACCCCAGAAGCCUCUUCCCGCAGACCCGCUGAGUGGAAACGUCCGAGUGAUUCGGAACCCAUCGGCCGUGCGACUUCCAGCUCCCAUCCCGACCCCAGCCGCCCCGCGACCCGCUCCGCCUCACCCACAGCCCUCCAGGCCUCCUCCUAAACAGCCGCCCACCCUGCCAAAGCCUCACUUCACAGCCGGAGUGAAGUUCAGCAGCUGAGAGACGGACCGAAGGGAUCUCGUCCCUGGAGACGCUCGCUUUUUGCACUAUGAACCUCUGCGGGACACAUGGUGAUGCGAGGGGUGACCUUUGACCCCCGCGGUGCUCUCCCUUUAAACGGUGCUAUGAGUCCAAGCUCAGGUACAUGUCACGCGUUAUUUAUGUCGGUUACGAGCGUAUUUAUUUGAGCACAGUGCACUGUGGUUGACACUUUCUCAAUCGUAGCAAUUGGUGGUUCGCCCACGUUUACCUGAUUGUCCUUUUGUCAUUGUUGCUAUUGUUGUUGUUUUGACAUUUUUCGACUGUGUACCAGCAGAUAAAGACGAGACGUGUUAUCUGUGAACGUGAACCACAUCAUGUGGACGCUAAACUGGAUUGAAAACCAGAUUUAAAUGGAAACAUGAAUUGGGAGUUGAUGGUUCUGUAUUUGUGACGUCAUUUGGUAUAUGAAAAGGGCUUUUUAAUAAUUUCAUGUGAUUUAAUGGCCAUUUUUAUUAUAUAUUUCAGACAUGCAUGAUUAAACCUGAAGUACAAUUGCAGUGAUGCUUAAGGGAUGUUGAAGACACCUAUAUGAAUAUUAUCUCACAAUAACAUG